GGUAACGGACGUAGAAUCAAUCAGAUAUAAGCAUCUGUACCAUAAGCCCAUUGCAGCUUCAUCUUACCUCGUGAAGCUUUCUUCCUGCUCACUACGGUACGAGAAACCCUAGACUUACUUCUCUGCAGCUUACGGCCACACUUCCAUGGAUAUCGAGGAGGAAAUUCGUGCAUUAGAACUUGAUCCACCAGAUGUUAAUGGGGUUUCUAAUCAAGAUGCAAAGAUGGAGGAUGUUGUGGAAUCAAAAAGUCUGGAAGAAGAUGUGCAGACAGAAGAAACUGUGAAGUCCAACGAGAUGGAAGAAGUGAAGGAGAACACAUCUGCUAAGGAGAAGGAAGUUUCGUUGGCUGAUGAAAACGAAGUUGAAGAGGAUUUGGAAUUGGAUCGGAAAAGACAUUUGAAUGUUGUGUUCAUUGGUCAUGUUGAUGCUGGAAAGUCUACAAUUGGAGGCCAGAUACUUUUCCUCAGCGAUCAGGUUGAUGAGCGUACAAUCCAAAAGUAUGAAAAAGAAGCAAAAGAUAAAAGCAGAGAAAGCUGGUACAUGGCGUAUAUCAUGGACACAAAUGAAGAGGAGAGAGUUAAGGGAAAAACUGUCGAAGUGGGUAGAGCGCAUUUUGAAACUGAGACCACAAGGUUUACAAUUUUGGAUGCUCCGGGUCACAAAAGUUAUGUUCCAAAUAUGAUCAGUGGGGCAUCUCAAGCUGAUAUAGGGGUUCUGGUAAUUUCUGCCAGGAAAGGAGAAUUUGAAACUGGAUAUGAGAGAGGUGGACAGACUCGUGAGCAUGUUUUGCUGGCCAAAACUUUGGGUGUUGCCAAGCUUCUUGUUGUAGUGAAUAAGAUGGAUGAACCCACUGUAAAAUGGUCAAAAGAAAGGUAUGAUGAGAUAGAGUCCAAGAUGGCACCCUUCUUGAAGUCUUCUGGUUACAAUGUAAAGAAAGAUGUCCAAUUUUUACCUAUAUCCGGUCUUCAUGGUGUUAAUAUGAAAACAAGAGUGGAUAAGAAAGUAUGCCCAUGGUGGGAUGGUCCGUGCUUCUUUGAAAUCCUUGAUACGAUUGAAGGUCCACCAAGAAAUCCAAAAGAUCCAUUUAGGAUGCCAAUCAUUGACAAGUUCAAGGACAUGGGAACAACUGUUAUGGGUAAAGUGGAAUCUGGUACUGUUCGUGAGGGAGAUUCCUUAUUGUUAAUGCCAAAUAAGAUUCAGGUGAAAGUUACUGCUGUGAUGUGUGAUGAAAAUAAAGUUCGGAGUGCUGGACCUGGGGAAAAUCUUCGUGUUAGAAUAUCUGGAAUUGAAGAAGAAGAUAUAAUGUCUGGGUUUGUACUAUCAAGCAUUGCGAAGCCAAUUCCCUCUGUUUCUGAGUUUAUUGCACAGUUGCAGAUUCUUGAGCUUCUGGAUAAUGCAAUAUUUACAGCUGGAUAUAAGGCCGUACUUCACAUUCAUGCUGUUGUUGAAGAAUGUGAGAUCAUAGAGCUGCUACAGCAGAUUGAUCCGAAGACUAGGAAACCUAUGAAAAAGAAAGUUCUCUUUGUGAAGAAUGGUGCAGUCAUUUUGUGCCGCGUCCAGGUCAAUAACUUGAUCUGCAUCGAGAAGUUUUCUGAUUUUCCUCAGCUUGGAAGAUUUACUCUUCGUACUGAAGGGAAAACAGUUGCCGUAGGAAAAGUCACCGAUAUUUCUUCUGCUAGCAAUUAAACAAUUUUGAUAUGUGAGGGUAACUUAUGGUAAAUUUGACAUGAGCUGGCGCACAAAGGCCUAUCAUGCUCGGAGCUGUUUUUCCAUGGAGUCAAUGCCUGAUCGCGGUAUUGGCUAUAUUCUAAAUGAAACUAAAAUUAUUAAUGGGUUCCAUCUGUUUGAAUACCAACUUUAUACACAAGUGUUUUUCUAUUUAUGAGUGUAAAGUUUGAUUUGUUUCAUCAUCGUAUAUUCAACGUAGAGUUUCUUAGUUAAUCCAAUCCACAUCUCUCAACUAUCAUGUUCUUUUCCCUGUAAUUGAAUGUUUUUUUUGGUAUCCCCAUGGUCAUGGUGGUUUUGUUCUGUACUAGCUUCAUGAUGCUACUAAACAUGAUGAUUUGAGUUUAUUAACUUGUCUAUUUAUUUCUUAG